CCCAAACCAGUUAUGGGGCCUGAAACUCCCGAUAAUGGGAUGGGUUUGAAGUUGGAAACCGACCUAGAUCCAUACCGAAUAGCUGCUGUUGCCGUUGCUGUUACUGUUACUUGAAGAACGAAAGAACUAAUAAAUAACUUUUCUCCCCAGCUGUGAUUUGAACUCCCAAGGAAAUCGAAGUUGAAGGCAGAGCUCGGGAGGGAAAAUAUGGCAUCGGAGGAUGACGGAGAGUUUUACCUUCGGUAUUACGUUGGCCACAAGGGAAAGUUUGGUCACGAGUUCUUGGAGUUCGAGUUCCGGCCGGACGGCAAGCUCCGAUACGCCAAUAACUCCAACUACAAGAACGACACCAUGAUUCGCAAGGAGGUCUUUCUUUCCCCCGCGGUUCUCAAGGAGUGCCGCCGCAUCAUUUCUGAGAGCGAGAUCAUGAAGGAAGAUGAUAACAACUGGCCGGAACCUGAUAGGGUUGGACGACAAGAGCUUGAGAUUGUGAUGGGGAAUGAGCACAUUUCCUUCACUACCUCCAAAAUCGGUUCACUUGUUGAUGUACAGAGCAGUAAGGACCCUGAAGGGCUUCGCAUCUUCUACUAUCUUGUUCAGGAUCUGAAGUGCUUUGUUUUCUCCCUCAUUUCGCUCCACUUCAAGAUCAAACCCAUCUAGUUCACAUUGAGCAUGUCAUUGGUGGGGAUUCUGUAACCAAGUUUUUGGUGAACUUAAUUCUCAGUCUGUCUGAUCUCUUCCAAGGUAGUAGUGGUGGUUAUUUGAGCUUUUAGACUGUUGACUAUUGUGAAAGCAUGUGUGGGAUUGUACGAUUGUGCAUCGAGUGAACUUCAAG